GUGCUCGCUGCAUGCGCGUGUGUUUGCUCACCCGGCUGCUAUGCGCAGAUGGGAAGGAGGAUGCUAAUGUAUCCUUUGGAGGAGAUGCGGUCUCGUGCGGCAGCCCUGUGACAGCUCUGCUUGGACACUUCCUCUGUGGACCUCCGAGAGCGAGCGCUACUCUUAACAAAGCAACUUCUUGGGAAGUAGCAGCUUCUCUGUGACCGAUCUUCUCCAGUCUAAGGACCAGCAGCUUUCUCUCAGCCUGAGGACAGCAGAUGAUUCAGAUACAGUGGGCACAGUGGUGGUGAGCCGGAUAAAGAUGGGUGAGAUCGAGGAUGGUGAGGUGGACCACUUUACCACCGACAUGCACCAGAAGUGCACGCUGGUGUACGAGUCGUCACAUGGAAGUGUUAAUGACAAAGAUAACGGACCAAUAAUGAAUGCCGUGUUUAAGAACGCGGUGUGUAAGGUGUACAGGUUUCAGACGGUGGACAGUAAAUGGAUGUUGGUUCGGGAGCAGAUGGCGGAGUGUACGCUGUCCUUCAGCAUCCCGAAGCAGCUCAUUGCCCUCUACAUUCAGGAGGACACCUGCAGGAUACAGGAACUGAAAGAUCUGGGAGAGCUCUCACCACACUGGGACAACCUACGGAAGGAUGUAAUCUCUCGCUACGACCAGAUCAUCAAAGAAUACCAGGACACUCUGGCGGAGCUGGAGAAACAUACUGGCCCGUCGUUCAAGCCCAGCUGCAGCAAAGGCCAGAAAUAUCUGGAGUUCGUUCCCAUCAACCUGCACACACAGAGAAUGAGGGUGACGUGUCCAAGGAAAACAGAUUCCUUCUAUGAUGUGGUCACAGUAGGAGCUCCGGCAGCCCAUUCGCAAGGCUUCAAGAACGGAGGCUUGCAGAAACUGCUCAGCAAAUACGAAUCUGAGAAGAAGAGCCACAGCACGGCGUAUCAGUGCAUUUACUAUCCUCCAGAGCAGACGGCCAAGGCCCGUGAGAUCCUGUGUGUGGUGUCCCAGCUGCAGCCGCACAUCUCUGCGCUGGCCGACCAGCUGCUCCAGACGGCCCAGCAGAGCCCCAUCCAGCCUCUCCGAGACGUCCUCAAGAGCCUGGAGGAGAAGACGAAGCAGUUUGUUCACGCUCUGAAGGAUGAGUUGGUGAAGAGUGCUCUCCUGGCGCUGCACGCCGCCCGUCCCGGAUACGUCAGUAAGAGUCAGAGCUCCGCUCGGUCCAGCCCCGAUCCACACCCCAGCGCCGCCCCGAAGCCACACAGCGUCUGCAACAAUCUGGAGGACUCCCAGACACCACAGAGAGAAAGCCAAGCGUCUCCUGUCCGCUCCGACUCCAUCCCCCACCACAAAGAGUACGACGAGGAGGAAUGGGACAGGGUCUGGGUCAGUGUGGCCAAGAGUCUGAACUGCGUCAUCGCUCUGGUGGAUAAACUACAGGAGCAAGACAACAACAACCAGGAAUCAGCGCCCGCACACACGCUGGCAGACGUCAUCACCUCACACAGUCCUGAUCCUCCCAUGACAACUGCAGUUUGGCCGGAUCAGCUGGGCGUCCUGGUCCAGUCAUUGAAGGAGUGUGUGGCAGAAGUGGCCGAGAGAGCCAGGCGCUCAGUGAGUUUCGUCCUGCUCCAGGAGGCAGCGUGCAGCACGGCCCAAGGCCUGCAGCUGCAGCAGAGACGGGACGCUGUGUUCAGCCAGGCACUGGCUGCACUGGCGUGUGGAUUUGUCAUGCGAUUAUAUGCUGGUUUGGAGGAUAAGGGCUUUCUCAGACAGCUGCAUGCCGUCGGGUUGGUGGCCCAGUUUGAGAGCCUGCUGAGUACAUACAGUGAGGAAAUAGGGAUGCUGGAGGACAUGGAGGUGGGGAUCAGUGACCUGCACAGAGUGACCUUCAGGAUCACGGAGGCGGCGUCUGAGGAAGCUGUCAGCCUGCAGCCCUCUGUCAGCGGUAGACGAGACCAUUACACUGUCGAGGUGCCUCUCCCACAUCAUGCCUUCCAAGCGCUCCCGGAUGAGCUGCGCCAGGGCAAGCCGCUACGCGUGCUCCCCGUGCUCUUCAACGUGGGCAUCAACGAGCAACAAACCAUCGCUGAGAGAUUUGGUGAUAUAUCUUUACAGGAGAGAAUAAACCAAAAGAACUUUGAGAUUCUAGAAGGCUACUAUAAAUCCUUAACCAGCACGGUGCCGUCUGAAUGCUUGCCACGUUUUCAGACACAGACAGACAUUAAGGAACUGCUCGACACCCUCGGCCAGAAUGUAGUAACCAAGAAGAGAAAGAAUGUGGAGAUCCUUUGGCUAGCGGGAAUGAUCUGUCGCCGGAUGAACGGUAUCCGCUUCACCAGCUGUAAAAGUGCCAAAGACAGGACGUCCAUGUCAGUGACACUGGAGCAGUGCUCUCUGCUGCGGGACGAGCACCUGCUCAAUAAAGAUUACUUUGUGCGAGCUCUGGACUGCAUGCGGAGGUAA